AUGGAGGCAGACCAUCCAUCAGAUUUCAGAACCAUCCCAAUUCAAGAUGAAAUUGCAGAAAGUGAACCAAGAGGAGGACAAACAGAUCCACCACAAGCACCACCAAAACCCAUCGUUAAAAAGAGGAACAAGUACCUAGAUUACCAAGGUAAUUGGUUGGAAAAGACUCGCGGCAACUUAAUGAUAGUGGCUACUGUUAUUGCAUCCAUGGCUUUCCAAGCUGUAAUAAACCCACCAAGUGAACUAUGGAAAGAUGAUUUCCAGGAAACAGUAUGCAGAGUUGGAAUGAUAAAGGAUGCGCUCGCAAAUAAGAGGAUAAUCGAGGCAAGAAACUUAGCAAUAACUUGUAUCAAUAAAUAUAACAGCCAAGAAUUUAUCAUCUGCAACACUGUCUCUUUCUCUGCAUCUCUCAGCAUAAUCUUUCUGCUCACCGUACUUCCUCUCAGAAACAAGAUUUCUAUGUGGAUUUUACUUGUAGCUAUGUCCAUCACAGUAGUUUUCAUAGCUGCUACUUAUGUAAUCUUGAUCAGCUUGGGUGGUGGUGGGUCAAAACAGGAAAGGUUUAACAAUGCAAUUCUUUUAUACUAUGUGGUAUUUUGGGUUUUAUUCCUAACGAUGGUUGUCAUAUUUGUUGUCCUCAAAGUUAUGUUUUGGCUUUCUAAGAAACUGGCAAUUGGUGUCUUCUAUGCCAUAAAGUUCCUAUGGAAGACAGGAAAGCAACAAAAGAAGCUGAAAGUGAUCAAGCCACCAGCAACCCGAGUUUCAGAAUAA